AUGAAGGGAAUCCGGUUGUCCCGCCCUCACGGGCCCCUCUUGCGCCGUGGAGGAGCUCGGCUCUGUCCCUCUGUGCGGCCGGCACCGCUGCUCGCCCCUCCCUUGGGCGCGCUCGCGGACCACCAGCAACGCCUACAACACCGCCGAGAUGCUAGCUCCCUCUCGCAGCGGCUUGACUCGAAGCAUGUCAUGUUCCCCGGCGCGGUCAAGUCGGCCUUCAGCAACACGAUGCGCUUCGAGCAGCCCGCGGACUACCCGGCACUGCCGACGUACCGGGUAGUCGACCAACACGGUGUCGUCGUGGACCCCGACUUCAAGCCCGACCUCAGCGACGAGGAGGUGAUCAAGCUGUAUCGCGACAUGCUGACCGUGUCCAUCAUGGACGUGAUCAUGUUCGAAGCGCAGCGCCAGGGCCGGCUGAGCUUCUACAUGGUUUCAGCCGGCGAGGAGGCCGUAUCGGUGGGGUCUGCCUCGGCGCUGACCAAGGACGAUGUCGUGUUCUGCCAGUACCGCGAGCAGGGCGUGUUCAAGCAGCGGGGCUUCGCGCUGGCCGACUUCAUGAACCAGCUAUUUGCGAACCACAAGGACCCGGGAAAGGGCAGGAACAUGCCGGUACAUUACGGGAGCCGGGAGUUGAAUAUUCACACCAUCUCCUCGCCCCUCGCGACGCAACUCCCGCAGGCUUCUGGGGCGGCGUACGCGCUUAAGAUCCAGCGGAUGCAGGACCCCAGCACACCGCCGCGGGUGGUAGUGGCGUACUUUGGCGAGGGCGCGGCGAGUGAGGGUGACUUCCACGCAGCCCUCAACAUCGCCGCGACGAGGUCCUGCCCGGUUAUCUUUAUCUGCCGCAACAACGGGUACGCCAUCUCGACGCCGACGCUGGAGCAGUAUCGCGGCGACGGGAUCGCCAGCCGCGGCAUCGGCUACGGCAUCGAGACGAUCCGCGUGGACGGCAACGACUUCUGGGCGGUCCGUGAGGUGACGAAGAAGGCGCGCGAGCUGGCGCUGCAGGACGGUGGCCGACCGGUCCUGAUCGAGGCGAUGACAUACCGAGUCAGCCACCACAGCACGUCGGAUGACUCGUUUGCGUACCGCGCCAGGGUGGAGGUGGAGGACUGGAAGCGGCGAGACAACCCGAUUGCAAGGCUGCGCAAGUGGAUGGAGGCCAAGGGCUGCUGGGAUGAGAAUAAGGAGAAGGAGGCUCGCGAGAGCAUCCGGCGGGAUGUGCUCAAGGCCUUCUCCGAGGCUGAGCGCGAGAAGAAGCCGCCACUCAGGACCAUGUUUGAGGACGUGUACGAAGAGCUGACGCCGGACCUGAAGCAGCAGAUGAAGGAGCUGAAGAGCCAGUUGGAGAGAUACCCUGACGAGUAUGAGCUUGAGCAAUUUCUGGGCGGAAAGGAGAGUUUAGAUAAAUAA